CAGGGUGGGCAAGGCCGCACCCGCGCCCCCAGCGCCCCGAUGCCCGUGCCCCUCCUGGAUUCGCGCCACGCGGCCCGCCCAUGGCACGGACGCCGAGGAUGGACGACCACCUCGAAACCCUAGGCCCCGCCCCUAUAAAAGUCGUGAGCAGCGCCUCCUUUCUCCUGGAGUCCCCAAACGCCGACGCCGCUCUGCUCCACCACCUAGCGCCGCCACUCCUCUGCUUCCGGGCAGCGCCGCAGCCGCCGAGCCGCACCCGCGACCCCGACGUCGAGCUCGUGCCCCAUCGCCCCCGCGCACCCGUCACCAUCGAGCCGACCAUGGAGAGCCACCGGCCGUGCCGAGCCCCAUCCCCAACCUCGCCCCGCGACCAGCACCUGAACGUGCCCUGCUCCAAGCCACCGACGCCGCGCGCCAACCCCCCCUGCACCGCGAGCUCCUCGUCUACGACACCGUGCUGCCCACGACGACACCCGCGGGCAGCAGCAGGCCGCCCCCGCGUCUUGGACCUCGCCGUGGCCGCGUCGCGGCCAGCAGAACGAGUUCUCCGUCGAGCCGCGACGUUGCGUCCUCACCGUGUGCUGCUCCGAGCCCUCCACCACAACAUCGUUGUCUGCAACGCAGGUCGUGGUGACCGCGACCCCGGCCCCGUCUGCCACGACGUCGCGCACGGACCCUAUCGUGGCCGCGCCGAGCCCCGUCACUAAGCACCACUGAGCAGGGAGCCGUCCAUGCCGCGACCACCACCGAUUUCCACUGUCGCAGGGAAGCUGGAGCCUUGCUGUGCACACGUCGGAGCCCUGUCUCACCCUUCGCCGAGCGUGACCUGGGGGCACCAUCGCCUCGAUCACCAUCUGUACAGCAGCAGGCGUCCGCCACCUUCCUCGCGUUCGUCAAGGUCGACCUUUUUGCACCUAGUCGACGCCCUUCGCGACGUCGACGAAACCCUUGUUAUUUUCUCAUACCCUUGUAUGUUGAUGAUUCAUGAUCAUAGUCAUCUAUCCAUGUCAUACAUCUUCUGUCUUGUUCGAUUCAGGAUUUAUCUAUACUUGUUAUAUGAUCUAUAUCCAUGCCUGUGUCGUGCCUUCGUGCCGGUCUAUUUAUCUAUC